AUGCUCGAAGAUGUCGACGAACAGAUGGAUAGAAUGGCUCUCGCCGCCAUCUAUCAAUCACUCCCUGAGGACGUUCUUCUCAUGGUGGCUGAGAAGGAUUCUGCUAAGCUAGCGUGGGAGACGCUAAAGACAAUGCAUGAUGGAGUGGAGAGAGUCAAGGAGAAAAACGGAGAAGCCGAUUUUUCUUCUAGAUCAUCGAGUUGUAGCGGCAACGGUGGAGAUAACCGAGGUCGUGGCAAAGGGCAAGGGCAAGGUCAAGGGCGAGGUUGUGCAGAAAGCUCACCUCGACAAGAAGUGACGAAAGCUUUGCCCGAAGAAGAUGAUGCAAACCUCGCUAACUUCUAUGACGAGGAGCCAAUAUUAAUGUUUGCUGAGGGAGACGAGAAGAUAAACCUUGAAGAGUUCAUGCAAGAACCGUCCAAGGAGGAACCAGAUGUGGUGUUGUUCAGUGAAGAGAAAUUCAUGGAGAAACUCCCUGUAAGUGGCGAUGAGUGUAAUCACAUCGAUGUGUGGUACCUUGACAAUGGAGCAAGCAACCAUAUGAAGGGCCAUCGAGAGAAGCUCAAUGAGCUCGACGAGAAAAUUACCGGAAAUGUGAAGUUCAAAGACGGAAACAAGGCGCACAAGUUUCCUAAUUCAUCUUACGGGGAAAUCUAUGUGAGUAGAGACUCUAUAUUCGAGGAAGAGAAGAAGUGGGAGUGGUGCAACAACAAUAACAAGCUCUUGAAAAGAGACAGCGAAGGAAACAUCCUCAAGCACAAAGCGAGAUUGGUAGCAAAAGGCUAUGUGCAGAAGCAAGGCGUUGACGUUGAGGAGACAUUUGCACCGGUGGCGAAACUUGACACAGUUAGGUUAAUUCUUGUCAUCGCAGCUCACCGUGGAUGGGAGAUUCACCAUUUGGAUGUCAAAUCAGCAUUUCUCAAUGGUGACAUCGAAGAAGAAGUCUAUGUUGCCCAACAUGAAGGCUUCAUCAUCAAGAAUAAAGAGCACAAGGUGUACAGGUUAUACCAGGCUCUCUACGGACUACGUCAAGCACCAAGGGCAUGGAACACUUGCCUCAACAAGAGAAUUAUGAGUCUAGGUUUCAUGAAGUGUUCUCAAGAUCAGGCUGUGUACACGAGAAACCAUGGAGAAGAAGUACUCAUCGUUGGCAUAUACGUCGAAGACUUGAUUGUGACAGGAUCAAGCAUCAAGGGUGUUGAGGUGUUCAAAAACCAGAUUAUGAAGGAGUUCAAGAUGAGUGAUCUCAGGCUACUCUCGUACUAUCUUGGUAUCGAGGUGGACCAGAAGAUAGAUUUCAUCGAGGUGAAACAGGAAACUUAUGCGAAGAAGGUGUUGAAACAGUUUGCAAUGGAGGAUUGUAACUCGAGUAAGUAUCCAAUGGAAGCAAAGUUGUAG